AUGUCCAACCAAGACCAAGGCCUGGAUCCUGAUCUCCCUCCCCAGCCCAAAGCCAUCCUCCGCGGCCACAAAGCUCAGGUCCACGCUGCAGCCUUCAUCAGGUCCAACCAGCGCCUCCUCACCGGAGAUGCCGAUGGCUAUGUCGUGGCCUGGGACCUGGCCAUCAUGAGGCCAACAGCCGUGUGGCAGGCUCAUGGAAAUGCCAUCCUGGGCAUAUCGGAGUGGCGGCCCGACAAGGUCAUCACUCAUGGGAGGGACAACAAGCUCAUUGUCUGGAGGCUGACCUUGGACGACGAGCCCGCUCUGGCUUCCACCUUGCCCUUGGACACGGCGUCUGGGCCUAGACCCAAGCCAUGGAUGCUGCACCUUCUCGAGGUCAAUACCAUGAACUUUUGCUCCUUUGCCUCUUCCGCCGUCUCACCUGCCACGCCGUCCGCACCAGACUUUGUUUCUGAGCAGCCAUCAACCUCCGUUUCAGAGCUACUGAUUGCGGUGCCUAAUACAUUGGCCUCUGAGGCUGUCGAUAUCUACCAUCUCCCGUCUCAGACGCGCAUCCAUACUGUCAGGCUGGGCCAAGACAACGGCAUGGCCAUGGCUCUUGCGCUCGCUUGGCUGGAUGGCGUGCUCACACUCGUUGUUGGCUACGAGAAUGGAUUGGCAGUUGUUGCACAACUCGAUGGCGAUGGCAGUGGCGAUGACGAUGGCUUCUGGACCGUCAUAUACCGCAACCAAAGCCACAGCCAACCCAUUCUUUCACUCGACGUUGCACCGAACCGAGAGUAUUUUCUGACCACUGGCGCUGACGCCGUCAUUGCAAAGCAUCCUCUCCUUCCGCAAUUGCCUCGAGUCGCUGGCCUUAUCCGAGAUGUGCCCGAGACAGAGAUCGGUUCCAAGAUCAUGGACUCGGAAGGCGACGGGGACGCAGAUCCAGGAACAGGGCAGGGAAACCCAUCCUCCGCCCUCUCAACAGCGCUAGGUAACCAUGAUUCAGCCGCGCGGCCAAAGGCUAGGAAGAGAAUUGAGAUCCAGACGCAGCCCAUCAAAUCCGUCGAUACCAAGCACUCUGGCCAACAGGGCCUCAGGAUUCGGUCUGAUGGGCGUAUCUUUGCCACUGCAGGCUGGGAUUCAAAAACGCGAGUCUACUCGACCAAGUCAAUGCGCGAAGUCGCCGUCCUUAAAUGGCACACGGUCGGUUGUUUCUCUGUAGCAUUUGCAGAUGUCACACUUCCCCAGUCCGAUAACCACGGGCCCACACAACAUCAGUCAAAUGACGAGGAGGCUCCUUCGGCGACAAAAGUCGUUUCGCGGAUGCUCAAAAUGACAGUCAAGGAGAGACGAAUCAACCAAGCCAUGAAUGCACAUUGGCUGGCAGCUGGGAGCAAAGAUGGCAAGGUGAGCUUGUGGGACAUGUUCUAA